AUGGCUGCUAAGACAGUAGCGUUCGAGAGCUUAUAUGCGGGGUUAGAGGAGAAAGGCGAGGAAAAGAGACUUUUAAACGAGAGGGAGGACAGAGACAUUGAGUUAGGAGAGCUGAUGCACUCGGAGGAGAGCCGUGAUUUCAGUUACUGUAGGCGUUUUAAGAUUGAGGAGGUCAGAGAGGCUAUUUGGAGGAUGCAGAGGGGUAGGGCGACGGGGCCUGACGAGAUUUUGGAGAAUUUUUGGAAUAUACUGGUGGGAUGUCCUGGACAUUUUGUAAUACAUCCUGUCUUGCAUUUCUCAGCUGUUCUUUGUGGCUGGUGUGGUACCUGGAGAGGAGAUAAAGUAUGUGGUAGUUGCCGAAGAGUACAUUACUGCUCUGAGAAACACCAGGCUGUCCAUCGGAAAUCAGGUCAUAAAAGACGCUGCUUACCCUCAAGCAUUUCUCAGGAUGCAUCUGAACCUAGUAAUAAUAGGACUCUUAGGGGGGUGCAAGAAGUUGCAAGCAACGGUCUCUGCCCAGAAUAUGAGAUUGCAAUUACUGAUGAAUGUGAGGAUAAGGUUUCUGAUGAUAAUGGACAAGUGAACUUGUUGAUCUCUUCAAGCCAAGUGGAUGAAUCAAUUGAGGCACUUAUGGACAGUUUUGGGCUAUGCAAGGCUAUUCUAGUGAUUAAUGGAAAUAUCAAUUGUAAUUUUCAACUUCACAUAAUUGUUUUUACAACAGGGGGAAGAUGAUAAGAAGAGUUGGGCAUCUUUCCAGGAGAGGAUAUCUCGGACCCCUGAGCAAGUAUUAAGGUUUUACCACAAAUACUCUUAUUAUUUUGGUGUGGAAAAUGAUGCACAAUCUCUUGACUGGCCUACUAUUGCUGUAUACACCUGUGAAUCGUCGUGUGAUGGAAAUGUAGCUUACAAGGAGGAGUUUGCUUGGGUUCAAAUUGCAUCUCAAUCUAGCACAACACAAAGAUGAGACAUCUAAGCGCAUGGUUUGAAACAAGAUGGUGGAUAAUGAAUCCGCACUCUACCCUUCACUUAAAUACCAGACUUCUGGUUUGCCGUGAGAUUCAACUUGUGACCGUGCGCCUAACCUGCAUGUCAGGUGUUGAACUAAAUUUUUGUUUUCCUUAUUUUCUUAGAUGAUUUGGAAUCUCCUUGUUAGUUUGCAGAAAUUUUCCAUUACAACGUCAGUUGAGAAUCUCUUGUUGUAAUAUUAUGCGUUUCUCAUUAGUAAAAGGUUCAGCGUGACAUUGGCAUCGUAUGAUUUCAAAAGUUUUUGCAAUAGGAGUGAAACCAUUUUUUAGGAAGAAA